UGUCGUAGAAACAUUAGACAACAGGCUAUCCCUGUAACGUGCAUCAGUCCAGGAGGACAGCUUCAGCUCUGCCAGCAGGCUGUGGAUCGGGCAGCCAGGAUGGCAGAGAGGAACACCAGAAUUGCCAUUGUCAACCACGACAAGUGCAAGCCAAAGAGAUGCCGCCAGGAGUGCAAGAAGAGCUGCCCUGUGGUCAGAAUGGGUAAACUGUGCAUAGAUGUCACCCCUCAAAGCCGAAUUGCAUGGAUUUCUGAAUCACUGUGUAUUGGUUGUGGAAUCUGCGUUAAGAAAUGUCCAUUUGGGGCUUUGUCCAUCAUCAACUUGCCAAGCAGCCUGGAGGAUGAGACUACUCACAGAUAUUCUGCCAACUCCUUCAAGUUGCAUAGAUUGCCAGUUCCCAGGCCUGGAGAGGUUUUAGGGCUGGUGGGAACCAACGGGAUUGGGAAAUCUACAGCACUGAAGAUUCUGUCAGGGAAACAGAAACCCAACUUGGGGAAGUACGAUGCUCCCCCGGACUGGCAAGAGAUACUCACCUUUUUCCGCGGUUCAGAGCUCCAGAACUACUUCACCAAGAUCCUGGAGGAAAACCUCAAGGCUGUUGUCAAGCCUCAGUAUGUGGACCAGAUCCCCAAAACUGUUCAGGGAAACGUUGGCUCCAUCCUGAGCAGGAAAGAUGACACCAAAACCAAAGAUGUGGUCUGUGAACAACUUGAUCUGACUCAUCUCAGGGACAGAAAUGUAGAGGACCUCUCAGGAGGGGAGCUGCAGCGCUUUGCUUGUGCCGUUGUCUGCAUCCAGAGGGCUGACAUCUUCAUGUUUGAUGAGCCAUCCAGUUACCUGGAUGUGAAGCAGCGUUUAAAAGCUGCCAUCACCAUCCGCUCCCUCAUCACCCCAGACAGGUAUAUCAUAGUAGUGGAGCAUGACUUGAGUGUCUUGGACUACUUGUCUGACUUCAUCUGCUGUGUCUACGGGGUGCCCAGUGCCUAUGGAGUGGUCACCAUGCCUUUCAGCGUCAGGGAAGGCAUCAACAUCUUCCUGGACGGUUAUGUGCCUACAGAGAAUCUGCGUUUCAGAGAGACCUCGCUGGUGUUCAAGGUAGCUGAGACAGCCAAUGAGGAGGAGGUCAGAAAACUGUGCCGCUACCAGUACCCAAACAUGAAGAAAACCAUGGGUGACUUCACUCUGGAGGUCAUGGAGGGAGAGUUCACAGACUCUGAAAUCGUGGUCAUGCUAGGAGAGAAUGGGACAGGUAAAACAACAUUCAUCAAAAUGCUUGCUGGGUGCCUCAAACCAGAUAAAGGAGGUGAAGUGCCAAUCCUCAGUGUCAGCUACAAGCCACAGAAAAUCAGCCCCAAAUUCAAAGGCAGCGUCAGGGCCCUGCUUCAUGAGAAGAUCCGUGAUGUCUACACACACCCUCAGUUUGUCACAGAUGUCAUGAAGCCCAUGCAUAUCAACAGCAUCAUUGACCAAGAUGUCCAAAACCUGUCAGGAGGUGAACUGCAGCGGGUGGCCCUGACUCUGUGUCUGGGGAAACCUGCUGAUGUCUAUCUGAUCGACGAGCCCUCUGCCUACCUGGACUCAGAGCAGCGUCUCAUGGCUGCCAGGGUCAUCAAACGAUUCAUCCUCCAUGCUAAGAAGACUGCUUUUAUUGUGGAGCACGACUUCAUCAUGGCCACCUACCUGGCAGACCGGGUCAUUGUGUUUGAUGGUGUUCCCUCCAAGAGUACCACUGCAAACACGCCGCAGACCUUACUCGCAGGGAUGAACAAAUUCUUAUCGCAGCUGGAGAUCACAUUCAGGAGAGACCCUAACAAUUUCCGACCAAGGAUUAAUAAGAUGAAUUCCAUGAAGGAUGUGGAGCAGAAGAAGAGUGGCAACUAUUUCUUUCUGGAUCACUAAUGGCGCCUUUUCUACAUAAGAAACAGCAAGACCACCUCAGCAGAAAGCCUCCUCCGGGUCCAUGGUUUAAAGCAAGGCUUCUCACUCAGCUCCUCAGGGCCCUCAGCAGAAGGGACACAGGAGGUUAAGUGCAGCUCUGGCACACACCCGAUUCUUCCUAUCUAAUUAUUUUAACUCUCCGAAAUAGAGCAACAUGAUAAAUCUGGAGUGUCACAAAUAAUGAGCUGGGGAACAGAGCCUUUAAAAGCCCUUGCUUGUGCUAUGGGCUGGGCUCACCAGACACACACACGCACAAAUAUAUAUACGUAUGCCUUUGGGAUCCAAAGGAGUAUUUUAUCAUGGGAUUCAAAGAGAAUAUCUAAUUAAUAA